UGUUCCAGGACAGAGACCUGGGUUCCCUGCCCUCCCCUUUGCCUGGCAGGGAUGAAGGCAGGAGCAGGGUGCUGGGAUGGGCGGCUGAGCAGGGGAGGAGGAGGAGGAGGGGAGGAAGGGGAGGGAGAGGGGGAGGAUCUGCUAAUUACACAGAACAGCUCUGGGGGCUGCUGAAGUCCAGAAUGAAGCAAAGAGCAGCAGAAGCGAGUGCUGCAGCGGGAGCGGAGGAGCCCAAGCAUCACCGAGAGCUGGAGCUGGCUGUUAUCCCUGCUGAGAGCAACUGGGAGCACCCAGAGGAUCCUGCAGCCCUGCCUCCCACAGGAGACAGCCUCUGGCACUGCCACCGAGCCCACUGCCAGCCCCUGGAGAGCCGAGGAGAAAGGGCUGGUGGUUGCAGCACACAGGGCUGGGCUGGAGGGCAGCGAGGUCAGCCCUGCUAUGGUUGCCGGGGGCUAGGAGCCUGUGUGGAUCCACCGGGAAGAGGUGAAGGAUGGCUGCCGAAGGAGGGAGAGCCAAGCCCGCUGCCCAGUCCAGGAUGGAGAACUUCCGAAAGGUGAGGACCUCGGAGGAGGAGAUGCCAUUACCCUUCCCAGACCUGCCCCCGGACGUGGUGGAGAUGAAGGUGAAGGAGGGCAGCAAGAUCAGGAACCUGAUGAACUUCGCCAUGGCCCAGAUGGAGCUGAAGGGCAGGCGGCAGAUCGUGUUCAGCGGCUGCGGCAGGGCGGUCACCAAGACCAUCACCUGCGUGGAGAUCAUGAAGCGCAAGCUGGGAGGGCUCCACCAGGUCACCAAGGUACGCUACAAAACUGUGCUGGAGGUCUGGGAGAACCAGGACCCACCGCCCGACGGCCCCGCACAGAACCUGACUGUCCACAAGAACGUCCCCUCCAUCUGCAUCCUGCUCUCCCGGGACCCCCUGGAUCCCAACCAGAUGGGGUACCAGCCCCCCGAGCCCCGGCAUGAGGCGGGAGAAGACACACUGGGGUCCUCCACCAAGGGGCUGAAGCGGCCGCUGCCGCCUCCCUGCGAGGAGCUGCUGCCCAAGAAGCUGCAGGUACAGGUGUCUGACAGCCCCAGGGGCACGGGGACCACUGCUGGCCAGCAGGACCACUGACCCCAGUGCCUCCCACCCUACCAGCCAGGUAUCGAGGCAGGAAUAUCCACUCAUUCCAAGGUCACUGGUGGGCUGCAGAGUCCCCCUGACCUGUCCCCACUUGCUGCUUUGACCCCUGUGGAUGGGGGUCCCCAGAUUUGGCGUGAGUGUUAAACGGUUAAACCCUCCAUGGAUUGAAGCAGGUGAGGCUGUGGGGGGGAGCUGGUGACCUCUAAUUCAGCCACCCAGGGACACUGUGACCACCAGCCACCUCCUGCAGCAACUCCCAGGGAGCCAGAGCAGCCGAGGGGUGCCUGGACCACCACACCGCUCCCCACUGCAAACACCUCAUCCAUCAGGAGAGAUGGGUUUGCUCCAAGCUUGUUGGAAUAAAACCUUCAUUAUCAAACCUGCCGCUGAGGAGCUGUUGGAGUUACUAAUGACAGGCUCAGCAUCCUGUGAGACUGUGAUUCAUCCCAAAAAAAUCACCCAAACAAGCACAGGGGUUGUUCUCUCCCUGCACCCACAGAGCCAAGAACUGCACUGUGCUGCCUGCCUGUGGGACAGCAAAAGGAAAUAAAACAACCCACACUGGAUACUCUGGUCUGGAGCUCGGGGAAGCCACGGUGUGGGGAGCUGGGGGCAAUGGAAGCAUUGGGCAGGGGAUUAUUGUGACUGGAUGCAGUGCCCAGCACAGGAUGAGGAGGUUUUGGGGUUGUGCCUUGGCUGCAGAGUGCUUCAGAGCAAAAUCCCUGCUACUUCCAGGGGGUAAAGAGAAAUGAAUGGAAAAUAAAAGCUCUUUAGAAAUAGA